UGCUACGUCGAUCAAGUGGUGACGGGGUGUGGGCAUCUGCGCAAUCUGGAGAUUGGUGGUGUAGCAGAGUUUUCUAGAAGAGAUGCUGUUUUGAGACUUGCAAGUACAUGAGGCUUUGAGGGUUCGUUGAGAUGACCUCCUGGGAAACACGUAGCGCCUGGAAGAAUUUCUCGCCGUCAUGCCUGCCACUCUUGAAAAUAUAUCGUUUUCUUGGCUGCAGAAUUUCCACCUUCUUUUUCCACUCAAGUUGUGCCAUGGAAUGGCUGCUUUUUCAUGUGAAACCAAUUUUUUAUCGUCUAGUCUAGAAGAAAUACAUAUCCUCAUGUUCCGAUCUCCACCCUUUUGACGUAUAUGUGCUAUCACUCGAGUUGAUCUCAAUAACCGGUCCAGUACCCAGUGACCACGACGGACCAGUUCAUGGUCUCUGGCGUAACCUCGGCAAAGGUGGGCCAGAAGCUGAAGAACAGGAUGAAGGUAAGGUAUGCGCAAGCGAAGAUGUUGUUGGCAGUGCCCAAUACACCCGGGCAUUUCCAGGGGCCCCAGGCGAGGUUUCCGGGUCCGCCGGCGGUGAGGUCGACGGAGGGAUUGCCGGCCUCCUUGAUGCCGCCUGUUACACGGCGGUAUAGCAGCAUGCCGGAUACGAGCAGGUAUGAGGAAAACAGGCCGGCGAUGGAGAUGGAGAUGAUGCCGUUGAAGGCUGUUGUGGAACC